UUUGUUUGCCCGUUUGCCAGUUUCCGCCGAUUGAAACAGUUGUCGGACCCCGUGUGGGAAGCGGCUUCUGUGCUUGUUGCCACGUCGGAAUAGUUGUUGAACCUGGUUUAUUAAUUCAGGACAAAACAAGGAAUACUUUUCUGCAGUGUUUUCUGCUUUCGCUGCAGUCAUGGUUUCCGUUAUCAACACGGUGGACACCUCUCACGAGGACAUGAUUCACGAUGCCCAGAUGGACUACUACGGUACACGACUCGCUACCUGCUCCUCUGAUCGCACCGUAAAGAUCUUCGAUGUCAAAAAUGGAGGGCAGAUCUUGGUAGCAGACCUCAGAGGCCACGAGGGUCCCGUGUGGCAGGUAGCGUGGGCUCACCCGAUGUUCGGCAACAUUCUGGCUUCCUGUUCCUACGACCGUAAAGUCAUCAUCUGGAAGGAGGAGAACGGAGCCUGGGACAAGAUGUAUGAGUACUGCGGACACGAGUCAUCAGUGAACUCUGUCUGCUGGGGUCCCUACGACUUUGGUCUGAUCCUGGCCUGCGGCAGCUCAGACGGAGCCAUUUCCCUUCUCACAUUCACCGGGGAUCAGCAGUGGGACGUUAAGAAGAUCAGCAACGCACACACUAUUGGCUGUAACGCAGUGAGUUGGGCUCCUGCUGUAGUUCCCGGCAGCCUGAUUGAUCAGCCAUCGGGUCAGAAACCAAACUACGUCAAACGCUUUGUCUCCGGAGGCUGCGACAACCUGGUCAAACUCUGGAAAGAGGAGGACGGUCAGUGGAAGGAGGACCAGAAGCUGGAGGCUCACAGUGAUUGGGUGAGAGACGUCGGCUGGGCUCCUUCUAUUGGCCUUCCCACCAGCACCAUCGCCAGCUGCUCCCAGGACGGACGCGUGUUCAUCUGGACGUGUGACGACCCAGCAGGCAACACCUGGACGGCCAAACUGCUCCAUAAAUUCAGUGAUGUUGUUUGGCACGUCAGCUGGUCCAUCACUGGAAAUAUACUGGCUGUUUCAGGAGGAGACAACAAGGUGACGCUGUGGAAGGAGUCGAUGGACGGUCAGUGGGCGUGUAUCAGUGAUGUCAGCAAGGGCCAGGGUGCCGUCUCCACCAUCACAGAUACACAGCAGAACGAGCAGUGACACACACACACACACACACACACACACACACACACACACACACACACACACACAUAGCAUUGACCCCUGACUCUACAAGGAU